AUGUCGGAAGCGGUUGUCCUAACCAACAAAUGGGCCUAUCGGGAUCCUGUGUUCACCUUAGGUGGGCAGCAGAUUCCAGUGGAGCCCUCAAUGAGGUACCUCGGUGUUCAGUUGGACAAGAGGCUUAACUUCGGUGCCCAUAUCAGGCUAGUGACGGCAGCGGCCAGGCGAGCGGUGUCCGCUCUUGGAAGGCUGAUGCCGAACGUGCAGGGGCCUUCGGCUUGUAAGAGGCGGCUGCUUAUGUCGGUGGCACACAGCAAGCUGCUGUACGCUUCACCGGUCUGGGCUCUGGCGGCGGUGAGGGCAGCUCGGAAUAGGGUAGCCCUCAGUCAGGCGCAGAGAGGUGCCGCUAUUCGGAUUGCGAGGUGCUACAGGACCGUGUCUGAUAUGGCAGCUCUGGUUUUGGCUAGAAUACCUCCAGCCCACCUGCUGGCCGAUGAGCGACGCAGAAUCGAGGAGCGAAAGCGGGAGCCCACGACUGUGGCGGUUAUAAGAAGGUAG